AUGGCUCCUAGGCUCUGCGUGAGAUGCCAGACCUCUAAAGCUAUGCUCAAGCGUCCGAAGACGCAGGAGCAGGUUUGCCGAGAAUGUUUUUUUACAUUGUUUGAGGAAGAGGUGCAUGAGACAAUAUCCGCGACUAAGUUGUUCAGACCUGGGGAAAGGGUGGCCAUUGCGGCUUCGGGCGGCAAGGACUCCACGGUACUGGCGCAUAUCAUGACGACGCUUAACGCACGCUACGGGUACGGGUUGGACCUUUUCCUGCUAUCCAUCGACGAGGGCAUCGCCGGCUAUCGCGACGACUCACUGGAGACGGUCAAACGGAAUGAGCAGCAGUACGGCAUCCCGCUGACGGUGGUAUCGUACAAGGACUUGUACGGCUGGACUAUGGACGAAAUUGUGGCGCAAAUCGGCACCAAAAACAAUUGCACCUUCUGUGGCGUGUUCAGACGCCAGGCUCUGGACAGAGGUGCCGUGUUGGCAGGUGCAAACAAGAUCGCGACGGGUCAUAAUGCAGAUGACGUGGCGGAGACGGUGCUGCUCAAUAUACUCCGUGGUGACGUGCCCAGGCUGAGUCGCUGUGCCAACAUCAUCACGGGGGGGGACAGUCCACUUCCGCGUGUGAAGCCGUUCAAAUACGCCUACGAGAAGGAGAUCGUGCUAUACGCCUACUACAAGAAGCUCGACUAUUUUUCCACGGAGUGCGUGUACGCACCCUACGCGGCACGGGGUUUUGCGCGGGAGUUCAUCAAGGACCUCGAGGCCGUCCGCCCCAUGGCCAUUAUUGACGUGAUCCGUUCCGCCGAGGAUUUUGUGUUCACCUCGGCCUCGGAGGACAAGCUGCCGCAGCCCCGCAAUUGCGAACGCUGCGGCUACAUCUCCAGCCAACCGGUCUGCAAAGCGUGUGUGCUGCUGGAGGGCCUCAACAGGGGGCUGCCGCGACUAGGGGUCAGUCGCACGCGCGGGAAGCGCGGAGAGAAGGCGGGUUUGCAUCCGGAUGUGGAACGACCAUUGCCGCCGUCAGCUUCGGCAGCGAGGGCUGAGCUGGGGCCAGCAGGCAGAGCAGACAAUACUGCUGACGGGGAUGCAGGUGCAGCGGCGGCUCCGGCUUCCAGCUCAGGUCGCGAAACUGGGGUGCAUCUGGAUUCGGGGGGGAUUGCGGAUGAUGCCUGUGUCGAGAAGCGUACCGUGGGGAUGAGGGAGCUGGAGGAGCGCAUCGGGGGCUGGGGGCUGGGACCCGGGGGUGAUGGGAUACAGGGGACAAAUAGCGAGGGAGCGGGAAAGGAUGUGGCUGGGGUUGUGGGGAGUUCCAUUCGUGGGGCCCGGUCUGUGCGGAAGGUGCAGAUUGAGUAUGAGCUUGCAGAGGGGACAUAA